GUUCGUUGUCCAGUAUGUUCUUCACGUUAAAUCCUACCAACUGGUCGACAGAGUCCGAGUAAUAACUCGUAACUCUUCGACGAUGACUCGAAGAAUUCCGACGUGUUAACACGAACUUUUUACGCUUCGGACAUACUUGCAACAAAUUCAAACUAUUCCCCGAACGGCAUGGUUCGCUCUAGUACGAAUAACUUUAACACAACUAAUAAAACCGAGAAUGGACGCUAGUAAAAAAUACGAAAAUCCUAAUCCCAAAUUAACGGCGAAUCCAUUUAGUAAAUUGAUAUUUUGGUGGUUGAAACCACUAUUCUGGUAUGGGAAAACGCACGAUCUUGAAAUAAAAGAUAUCUACAAUGUAAUGCCAAAGGAUGUAAGCCAACGUCUUGGAGAUAAACUUGAAAGAAACUGGAUCAAAGAAGUGAAAACGGCCGAGGAAGCAUCUAGAAAACCAAAAUUUUUUACUGCCUUGAGAAGAACGUUUGCAUGGUCAUUUUCUUAUUAUGGAGGAUGGCAAUGUUUCUUGGCAGUUGUUUUAAAAGUUUUGCAACCGUACAUCCUAGGGCUUCUUAUUUGGCAUUUCGAUCCUAGAUCAACAUCCACCGUGUCUGAAGCGUACUUGUAUGCUACGGCUGUUGUACUUUUAACUUUAUUUAGCGCUUUCAUCAUUCACCAUGCAAACUUGGGUCUGAUGGAAGUUGGAAUGAGAAUGAGAAUAGCAUGUUCCUCUGUGAUGUACAGAAAGAUUUUACGCUUAUCAAAAAGUUCCUCGAACGUCACCACACCAGGGCAGAUCAUAAACUUAAUGUCAAACGACGUUGCAAGAUUCGAACAGUUAUUUAUAGCAUUACAUUAUAUUUGGAUUUUACCGAUUCAAGGUGCUCUGAUUGCUUACAUGAUUUGGGAAAGCGUUGGAAUUUCUUGUUUAGCCGGUGUUUUUCUUAUAAGUAUUCAAACAAUACCUCUGCAAGGAUAUAUGGGAAAGUUACAAUCGAAGUUACGAUUAAAAAUUGCAGUCAGAACGGACGAAAGAGUGCGUUUAAUGUCGGAGAUUAUUAGCGGAAUUCAAGUCAUCAAAAUGUACACUUGGGAGAAGCCGUUUGAGAAGCUUGUUAGCAUUGCAAGAAGUUACGAGGUGGACGUCCUUCUACUUUCAUCGUACAUAAGGGGCUUCACUUUGGCUACUUUUGUGUUUACCGAACGAUCUACAUUAUUUUUUACAAUUAUGACAUAUGUACUUCUUGGAAACAAUAUAUCCGCCGAUAAAGUAUUUUCAAUGGCGCAGUACUUCAAUGUUCUCCAGCUCACCAUGGCAAUAUUAUAUCCUAUGGCUGUAUCAGCCGUUGCCGAGGCUGGUGUAUCUAUUAAGAGACUCGAGCAUUUCCUAUUGUUGAAAGAAAAUAGUUGUAUCAAUGAUACGAAACAAAUUAAUGGAGAUGGCAGUAUUAGUAUGAAAAGUGUUACAGCGACCUGGAACGAAAAUUCAAUUGUAAAUACGUUACACGAUAUUAGUAUUCAUAUAGAACCUGGCAAACUUUAUGCUGUUGUUGGUUCAGUCGGUGCUGGAAAGAGUUCCUUCCUUCAAUUAAUUUUAAGAGAAUUGCAACAAUCGAACGGAGAUGUACGAAUAAAUGGGAGUGUAUCGUAUGCCAGCCAAGAAUCGUGGUUAUUUUCGGGUACGGUGCGCAACAAUAUACUUUUUGGCCAGCCUUACGAUCAAAAGAAGUAUAACGAAAUUGUCAAAGUGUGUGCUCUUACGAAGGAUUUCCAACAAUUUAAUUAUGGCGAUAAAACAUUGGUCGGGGACAGAGGCGCCGCACUUAGCGGUGGACAACGGGCGAGAAUAAAUUUGGCUAGGGCUAUAUACAGAAGUGCAGAUAUUUAUUUACUGGACGAUCCAUUAUCUGCAGUGGACACUCAUGUUGGAAAACAUUUGUUCAACGAGUGUUUUAAGAACUAUCUUCACAACAAAACAAGAAUCCUUGUAACUCAUCAAGUACAACAUUUAAAGUAUUGCGACUACAUCAUUGUAUUAAAUAACGGUAAAAUAGAGUAUGAAGGUACUUAUAUGGAGCUUCAAAACAAACACGUAAAUUUCUUAAGAAUGCUUUCCGUGGACGAGCACGAAAAAGAUACGGAAAGCGUGGAAAUUGAUGAAAGUAACACGCCCGAUAUAUCCAUUCAUUCCGGUAAUAGUAAGAACGACGACGAUUCGGAACCACAAGAAACAGAGGAAUUAAUGGCCAAGGGAGGAAUUUCGAAAUCGCUUUACUGGAAAUACUUUCGAGCCGGGGGUUCGAUUCUGAUGAUCAUGACUUUUGUGGGCAGUUUAAUUUUGGGACAGUUUGGAAGCAGCGGUAGUGAUUAUUGGGUUGCUUACUGGACAAGACAAGAAGAAUUACGUGUUAAAGAUAGUAACAAUCGCACGUUACAAGUAUUCAAAUCAAACGAUACAAUAGCCCCUGUGUUUACGGGAGAUACAAGCGAAACGAUUAAUAAAACGGUUAUGUCAGCCAUAGAUAACUUUAACGAGACAGCCGCGGAAUUUUUAACAACCUCGGACAACAGCAGUUUGGAUAAUAUUACAUGGACUAUUAACAGUGGAUCACAUAAAUCGUACUACCUCGAUACCGAUACUGCCUUAUGGAUUUACGGAAGUUUUAUCAUCGGAAGUAUAGUAAUGACUACUAUCAGAAAUCUUGUAUUUUAUAAAAUAUGUAUGAAUGCUAGUAAAAAUCUCCAUAACCAGAUGUUCUCGAGUUUACUGAAAGCGCCGAUGCAAUUUUUCGAUACACAUCCCUCCGGUCGCAUUCUAAAUCGUUUUUCGAAAGACGUUGGAGCGGUGGACGAAAUUUUACCAAGAACAAUGAUAGAGUCUAUUCAAAUAUUCACAGUGAUGAUCGGAAUUUUAGCUCAAGUACUUAUUAUUAACUGGUGGACAGUUUUUCCAAUGUUUGUCAUGGGUUUCUUAUAUUGGGAGAUACGAACCAUUUAUCUUAAAACUGCGCAAGACAUGAAACGUUUCGAAGGAGCCACAAAAAGUCCCGUUUUCUCCCACGUUAGUUCAUCGUUAUUAGGUUUGACUACGAUACGUUCGGCGUCCGCGCAAGAAAUGCUUCGCAAAGAAUUCGACGUUCAUCAAGAUCUCCAUACGAGCGCCUAUUACUUAACACUAGCAACAAGUACCGCUUUUGGAUUUGCAUUGGACAUCGUGUCCAUUUGUUUCAUUACUUUCAUCACGUAUAGCUUUAUUUUAUUCGACGAUGGAAAUACAUUCGCGGGAAACGUAGGUUUAGCCAUAUCGCAAGUGCUGAUUUUAUGCGGGAUGCUUCAACACGGAAUGCGACAGACUGCAGAGACGAUAGCACAAAUGACCAGUGUAGAACGAAUUUUACAAUUUACACAGCUUGAUAAAGAGGGACCAUUCGAAAGUGAACCUAACAAGAAACCGUCCGCGGAGUGGCCUUCCAAUGGAGAACUUAAUUUCGAUCAUCUGUAUUUACGGUACGACGAAUCAGCGCCCCCUGUUCUCAAGGAUCUAUCUUUCCUCAUAAAAUCCGGUGAAAAGGUUGGAAUCGUUGGCCGUACCGGUGCUGGUAAAACUUCUCUUAUAUCAGCGUUGUUUCGUUUGACCAAACUCGAGGGUAGCAUUUACAUAGAUAAUUACGAUACGAAGCAAGUAGGUCUUCACGACUUGAGGAAGAAGAUUUCUAUUAUUCCACAAGAGCCCAUAUUGUUCUCGGCGACGCUUCGCGAUAAUCUCGAUCCGUUUCAUAAUUUCGACGACAUCACACUUUGGGCCGCUCUCGAGGACGUGGAACUGAAAACCAGCGUUUCCUCUUUGGAUUAUUACGUCGAACAAGGCGGAACUAAUUUCAGCGUAGGCCAGAGGCAAUUACUUUGUUUGGCGCGAGCUAUCAUAAGGAACAAUAAAAUCCUUCUCCUCGACGAGGCCACGGCCAACGUGGACCCUACCACGGAUGCUUUGAUACAGAAAACUAUUAGACAAAACUUCAAGAACUGCACCGUGGUAACUAUAGCGCAUAGAUUAAACACAAUAAUGGAUAGCGACAAAGUGUUAGUUAUGGAUCACGGGCAAGCGGUUGAGUUCGAUCAUCCGUUCGUUUUACUUCAAAAUGAAAAGGGUUACUUCCACAGCAUGUUGAAGGAAACCGGGCAAAAAAUGUUCGAACAACUCAAGAAAGUGGCAGAAGAGGCUUACAACAGUAGAUUUAUAGAUGAAGAGCCAACAUCACAACCAGAAACUCUUAAUGGUAGUACAAUUUUAAAGGAUAGCUGAGAGAACGUCAAUGUGUUCAUACUUCAAAGGUACUUAGCGCUUAGUAUACAUUAAAAUUUUUAUACUUUUUUUUUCAUGCAUAUACCAAUAUUGAUUAAUUUCUGCUGUUGCAACAUUUGGCAGUUUUUGCAAGAUAAAGUAUGUAAUUUUACCAUACUUUACGCGAACUCACACGGCAUUGAGAACUUAAAAUAAUGAACGAACUUGUACUUUAUAUUUUGAUACUUACGAAUAUUGUUCCUACUUAGCAAUCAUAAAGUACUUCUUUAAGCGACUUAACUACAUUUAACUGUAAUACGAACCAAUACGAAUCAAUUUUUAGAGGUUCUCCGAAGACUCGAAUUAAUCGAAAACCGACAAAAAUGAUUCGUAAUUUUUUAAGCUCAACGAAAGCAUUCGCAAAUAGAGUAACAAU